CUUGUGUCAUGUAAAAUGUGAAUGUAAUGUAAUAUCUGCCCUGCCGUUGUGGUAUCCAUCAUCGGAACAACAGUACCCUCGUACCUCUGAGGUGUUUUUCCUGCCGUCCGUGCAACGGCAGCAGCAUUAGCAGUAUAUACAAUUCCCGUGCCGUUUCAUUUUUUAUUUAUAACGCGCCCACUGUCUGCUCCACACGCCUCGAUAAAUUAAUUACUAAACCACUAAUCUAAAUAAACCCGCCAGUGAAGCAACUUUUGAUCGCUUGAUAUGAAAUUUUUGUGAAAGUGAAUUAAAGUAAUUUCCAAAAUUGUGUGUGAAACAAGACUUUAAUGAGAUUAAAUGGCCAACUCAGAAAGGAGUCGUUAGAACUCAUGAUGGAAAAUUACUGCUACAAGCCAUCAACGCUGCAGCAAAACAUAUUAUUCAUUGUCCUGUGAAAAAUCGAUUUUAGUUAUCCCGUGCUGUCAUAUCCCGAGCUUUCGCUUUCACCUUCACAUUGUAGUGCAAACAAAACCUAGCAGUCACCAGGUCACUGUCACUAUUGAUGAGGUUCAUGUAGCGUUGAGGAGCGUUGGACUAACUACCAUCUUACGCAUGAACAAAGAUGAUUGUUACAUCUGCUUCUGGCGUGGAUAGCACUCCUACGUUGGGUACGGUUGAGGUUACCACUCUCCUGGGAGUAUUUUUUGGUGUUCUCGUCCUUCUGCUCCUGCUAUUCCUGUACAUUAGCCGCAAGUGCUGCUUUCACCAUCGACAUGGCAUCAACUGCUGCGACGAGCGUCACUUAGCAGCCAAAUGUGUGCAGAAGAUCACACGCAAGCGACGCUACGAGAACACGAGCUCCGACUCGGAGGAGGACAUCCUGCGCCGCCUGCGAUGGCAUCAGCAAAACCAGCACAGCGACAAGCCCAUGGGCUACGGGAUGAGUAUCAGCCAAGCCAACCCCCUGACAGCGCACAGCUUCAAUUAUCAUCAAUCCGACGCUGACCUGCAGAGGGUGACCGUAACGCGUGACCCUUUGGCAAUUGCCGAACGGGGCAAGGUCGGCAUUCCAUCGUCGCACAGCGAGUGCAGCUCGAAUGACUCCAUGGAGGCAUCUGUGGACAGUCAUACUGGCAUCUUGACGGGCGAGACCAAGGCUCAUCCAGUCACCGCCUUUAGGAAUCCAUACACGGACAAUCGGGCCAAGACACACUCCCAGAGAUACCAUCACAGGGUUGAGGUUUUGGCGCCGAAGCUGGGGAAGGAUAAUCCUGUGGUGGUGAUGCCUGUGGCCAAUAGUUUCGUUAACAACAAUAAUGCUUCAACUCCCAACAACAACAACAGCAACAGCAGCAACAACAACGAUGACGAACCCCUGUUCGACACCAGCGAUCUGCGCUCUGUCAAGUCGGAUGACAUGUUGGUGGUCGACUCGAAGGCCUUAGCCUCGCGAGGACCCAUCGAACUGGAGAUGUCGCUGCUGUACGACGCGCCGAUGCGGAAAAUGACGGUCCACGUGAUGCAGGCGCGGUGUUUGCCGCCGCUGGGCAACGGCCAGCAGACGCACACGCAGGUGCGCAUGCUGAUGCUGCCCAAUAAAAAGCAGAAGCACAAAACCAAAAUCCGCAGCGGGGAGAAUCCGCAGUACAUGGAGAGCUUCCUGCUGCACCGUGUCAAUCCCGAGGACGUUAACAACAUGGGAUUGAGAGUGCGCCUAUAUGGCUGCGAGCGACUGAGAAAGGAGCGCUUGAUUGGGGAGGCGUAUGUAAGCUUUGCCACGGUGGACCUAGAGCUCGAGACCAACCUGUGGCUGCCGCUGGAGCCCCGCAACACCUCAUCGGUGCUAGGAUCGACGAGCGAUCUACUGAGCCUGGCGCGGUCGGAGAGCGCGGGCUCCACCUCAUCCAUGCAACACGGCGGCGUUUCGGAGCUGCUCCUGGGCCUCAGCUACAACGGUGUGACUGGCCGGCUGAGUGUGGAGAUAAUCAAGGGCAGCCAGUUCCGCAGCCUGUCGUUGAAUAAAGCACCCGACACCUACGUGAAGAUGGUCAUGGUUAGCAGCAUUGGUCAGGAGAUUUCGCGCGCCAAGACCUCCAUUCGCAGGGGCCAGCCCAAUCCGCUUUUCAAGGAGACAUUCGCGUUCCAGGUGGCCCUGUUCCAGCUCAACGAUGUCACGCUGAUGAUCUCGGUGUAUGCCAAACGACACAUGAAGAAGAACGAAAUGGUCGGAUGGUUUAGCCUGGGUCUAAACUCAUCCGGACCAGAGGAGGUAGCCCAUUGGGCGGACGUGUGCGAAAUGCCGAAGGGCGAGAUGCUGGCCCGCUGGCACGUCCUGGUGGAUUCCUGAUUCGAGCAGUUGGGACAGUCCUCGGGACGCAGCAGCAAGGCGCUCAGGAAACUGGGCUUCGCUGCGUUCAAGGACAGGUCCAAGGAUAAACUUGCCAAGGAGUCGAGUCGGGAUGAGGACAGCGAUCAAUUCCCUGCAGACAAUGCGGUUGCAGUCGACAUUGAGCCGGGCCUGGAGCUUGAUUUUGUCUAGAAACCAAUUGGCAGACUGCUCCAGGGUCAGUAUACAUUUUGUGUCUUGUUUUAACGGGGUGCGGCAAUCGAUCGAAUCGAAUCGAAGAAGAUUGAUUGACUUGUGCCUGUGGCAGCGUGUUUAACUUAACCAUGGGUGAAACCAAUUGAAAAACCAAUUUUUGAUAUCUGAACCGUAAUGUUUGGAUCUAACCCUACAGAGGGCUAAAAAAUAUUUGUAAUUUGGAAACAAUUUGGAACACAUUUUUUGAUCAAAUGUGAAAUGUGAAAAACAAAAACAAAAAAGGAAAAAAUGAAACCUAGAAUAUUGAAUUUUUGUACGCAUUGGUACGUAAAGACCAUGAAAGAACAUAACUUAUUACUCAAAUUUGAACUUUAUAAUUGUUUGUGAUAAUGAAUACUAUAUGAAUAGCAUAGCCCAAGGGGCAAGCGAUACGAUGCAUACGAUACACAAGAGCAGGAGUGUGUAUUGUGUUUGGAGGAGACACGUUCUCAGAUGUUCGAAUGGCGAAUUUUUGUAAUUAAACCUUUCUGCAUAUUAACUUAAAAAAUAUUGAUUCCCGCAGGGGAACCCCCAAUGUCUUAUAGGACUAGCACUUUUGUAUUACCAAGCAACAAGCAACAAAAAAGAAAAGUAUUAAAACAGAAAAUACUCGUUAAUAGGAGGAAUUAUAGUCAAUACAUACGACACAUUCAUACCCACAAAAAUGCAUACAUAAAACAUAACUAAUUCUUGAAAUUUUUAUCGAGAACCAUGGUCAUGUUCCAGUUUUGAUAUGAUGAUAAAAAUAAAGAUAUAGAGAUGAGGAUAAAUAUCGGUACCUUAGAAUUCAAACGCACAAAGAUCUAUUGUACAACCGAAGGAAAGCUGGCAGACGGAAAGAGUUGAUAAUGAUAUACUAAAACCAUAUACAUACUAGUGCUAAAUGCAGGCUGGAGGAUUGAUAUUAUUACCGUUCGGUUUGCAUAUAUUGUUGUAUGUAUAUCAAACACCGUGGUCGAUCUGAUACCAUAGAUCAGAUCAGAUCAAAUAAAAUCUCCUUUCGAGGUUCGGUACGGCAAGGUUGCAUUGUGGUUGAACCUCCCCGGAAUAGGAAAGAGGAAGGGAAGUAAGUUUAACUUAUACACAGAGAAAAAGGAAAGCUUUAAUAAAUAUCGGAUCUUAAUUAUUUUUUAAUUGUACAUUCGAAUCAAGUUGAAUCAAAGAAAACAGAGAAGACAACUAUUUAACUAUUGCAAUGCUCAUGCAACCAAACUUAAUAUUAAUUUUGAUGUACAAUCGUAUUGUAUGAAUUUUGUAAUGCAUAGUAUUUGUAUCUUUUAAAAAAUCUCUAUGUUUUGAAUGUCAAAUAUUUUAUAGUCACGAUUCACGUGAAUGUGUGUUUGUCGUUGCAACAAUUGCGAUAUACUCGUAUGUAAGUAUGUAUGUGUGUCUAACUAAAUCCUCUACUUCAUUUUGGAAGGCGAGUGGGGCUAAUCGCAAGCGCUCAAGUCAGUAUUACACAAUUCCAAAUCCAAGACACAAGACACAAGAAACAACAGCGA